CCCCCGGAAGAGAAAUGUCAAGUCGAGAAAUGUCAUUUUGCUCUGAACAACUUCACCUUGUCAUUUAUAACACCUUGCUCGUAACCGUAAAAAUAGACAUAGAGCGACAACUUCGCGCGCGACGAAAAAUAGCUCAAAAUUUCACUCGGAGUAGAUCAAUGUAGCUCAUUUUACUCAGUCAAUCAACUUGUUUUUUAUUUGAAAACACACAAAAAUAGGUUAAAAUGUGUUCAAAUCUAUUUUUUGCGUUUGGCAUUAAUCUGGCUUGUUAAAAAAACUAGAUAAUUCGAUUAUUUGGGAUGAAGCAAAAUUGUCGCGCGCGACGAGUAGCUCUGUUUGAAAAAUUGAGCUAUUUUUUGUCGCGCGCGCCGUUGUCGCUGUAUGUCUAUUUGGACGGUAACCCGCAUACAUCGGCCCCCUGUGCAAAGCGACGGAAGAAAUCAUUCCCUUUCGCGCAUUUUCUCAUGCUUUCUUUUUCCCUCCUACGGCAAAUUUGUCAAGCAGCGUUUCGAGCUACCCGUCCCUGGCACCGCUUCAUACCCCUCGCCUGAGCACGCUGUCGAAGGUUUGGAUGUGUUGGUGCGUCAGACGGCCAAUAGCUGUCAGCCGUCGUCCGUGCUUUUUCCCUCCAUAGCGCUAUCUCUUUCACGCGUGCAGCCCAAUUUUAAGACCGGUACCGCUACCGAUAGAAAAUGUAAACAAACGUCAACACAAAUUCAACCAGUGCUCAUCCCUGCCGUGAAAAGUUUCCCGAUAGAAAGCGUGAAAAUGGCCUCAAAUCAGGACAAGAAAAGUGGCUUGAUGUCCCAUGCAAUUUCCCGGCUCUACAAGCAGCGUCUGGAGGAAGUGGAAAGGGAACUCCUUCUUGCCCAGCAGCCAGAACCUCCGACUGCGGAUGACCGAGCGCGUGAUGCUGUGCCAGUGCAGUUUGAAGAUGUUCCGAUGCCCAUGGAAGUGAUCGACGAUGCUGCUCCGCUUAGCGAAAGCGAGGAGGAAGGUACGACCGACGCAAGCAGCGGCGAGGAUACAGACGUGGAGGAUAUCCAGGUCGAGGUGGAAAUGCCAGACCAUCCGUACGGAGAUCUUUCGUGCGAGGAUGGCUUGAGGAUGUGAGCUUGAGGAGGCCCUGCAAACUGGACAAACUCAUCGGAGUUUGAACCUUUUGCUGGGCCAUUUGCGACAUCACUUCCCCCAGACCAAAUUGCCACGAGAUGCACGGACGUUGAUGAACACGCCUGUGUCUGGAACACCGGAGACAGCCCUUACACCCAUCGCAGGUGGGCAGCUGUGGUACCAGGGUGUGGAAAAAUGCCUGCUUUCAUAUUUUCGCGAUUGUCAGGGGAUUGAGGGGUUCGAGUUGAACAUUUUUGUGGAUGGCCUACCCCUGCACAAGAGCAGUCGGACCCAAUUUUGGCCAAUUCUCAUGCAGGCUCAUAACGUUCCACAUACUCCUGUAAUGACGGUUGCUAUAUUCUGUGGCGAAUCAAAACCGUUAUUCGUCCAGGAGUUUUUGCAGCCGUUUGUGGACGAAAUGAACAGACUGUAUGUGACAGGUCUGACAAUUAAAUCCCGCUCUUACUGGGUGGAAGCGCGUGCAAUAAUUGCAGACGCUCCGGCACGAGCAUUUAUUAAAGGUGUUAAAUCGCAUAAUGCGUACAGCGCCUGCAUGAAGUGCACAAUCGUUGGUGACUUGGAAGGACACCGGAUGUACUUCCGGUAUGGUGAACAAUGCGCGCCUCGGAACCACAAGGAUUUUUGUGACGACAAAUAUCCAACACAUGUCAACAACCCUACGCCCUUUACGAGUCUAUUAGGUUGCGAUAUCGUUGACGAUUUUGUGUCAGCCGAAGACAUGCACUUAAUAUACAAGGGCGUAGAGGCAAAGUUUGCUACAUUUGUGGAUAAAUGGCUUCCCUGGCGUUGCUUGUUACUUGCCACGUCGCCAGCAACGUGAAGUGUCGGCGCACUUGCGUCUGUUAAGGCUGCCUUCAGAUUACCAACGUAAACUGCGCGACCUGCGAUACAUCCAUCUCUGGAAAGCUUCCGAGUACAGGAUGUUUCUGUUGGUUGCCGGUUUCGUUGUUCUGAAGGAUAGACUUAUCGAUGCAGCGUACCAACACUUCAUGUUGUUGAUGAUGGCUGUGACGUUCAUGUCCACCACGUACCAUCGCGCUAAAUGGGAACUGGCUGAUUCAUAUUUGCAUAGGUUUGUGGCAGCCUAUGGAGAUCUGUACAGCCCGGUUCUCAUGAAUAGCAACGUGCAUAACUUGCUGCACGUUUACAAUGAUGUUUGCAGGUUCGAUGGGCUUAAAAACAUAUCAGCCUUCAUUUUUGAGGCAUUUUUGCAUGACCUCAAAAAGUUGGUGCAUUCCGGGAGGCACAGCCUGGUACAAGCGGUCCAUCGUCUGCUGGAACUGCAACAUGUCAUUGUUGCCAAGCGUCAGCAAAACAAACCGGUGGACGAACCAUCGGUGCGCACGGUUGGUGUCGACACCAUAACGACCGUGCGGCAGGGCUUCGCGCUGCGAAAAAACUUUCGCGAUCAAUGGUUUAUGACCAACUCGGGCGAGGUGGUCCGUUACGAAACGGCCACAAAAACAGGCAAGGACGUUACGGUGCAGGUGUACGCGUUUUUCAAACAGGUGCCUGCCUUUACGGAACCUUGCCUUUCAACGGAGGCGAAUAUUUACUCUGCCAACAUGGUAGAUUUGAACAAGGGUGAACUGCAACACUACACCAGCAGCACGCUGAUGUGCAAGGUAGCUGCAGUGGAAACGGAACAGGAAGGGGUGUUAAUGUUUGUACCGUUGACACACACUUACAUUUGCUAGACAAUAAAUUAAAAAAAUAUGCCUCUUCCCAAAA